GCUUGCUGUGGUGACACAGUCUCAGACACCUCCGGGGAAAUGAAACACAGCUGACGAGGGCUGAAGCAAGAAGCUGGUCCGAAGAGCAGCAGGCUGCCCCGAAAAUGGCCAGACUCGUCCUUCUGUUGGCAGCCCUGGUAGUCAGCCACCAUGCCUCUGCAGCCCCUUCGUCGUUUCAGCCCGGUCUGGUCCGGGACAUGGCUAAAGUUCUCCUGGACAACUACUGCUUUCCCGUGAACAUGGCUGAAAUGCAAGAGUCGAUAGAGCGAGCAAUGAGCAGCGGCGAGAUUCUCCUCGUAUCAGAUCCUACAAAGCUGGCAGCCGUGUUGACUGCUGGUGUGCAAGGGGCACUCAACGACCCGCGGCUCAUUGUUUCCUAUGAGCCCAACACGUCCCCCUCGAAACCAGACGCCAUCCCACCGCUUCCUCCAGAUCAGCUGGUCAGUAUCAUCAAGCAUUCUGUCAAGUACGAAGUCCUGGAGAACAAUAUCGGCUACUUGAGGAUUGACCACGUUAUUGGAGAGAACAUCAUCGAGACCGUUGGCCAGCUUCUCGUUGACAGCGUUUGGAACAAUGUCAUGCACACUUCUUCUCUAAUACUGGACCUUCGUUACAGUACGACAGGGCAAGUCUCUGGCAUCCCAUACAUCGUGUCCUAUUUUUCUGAAGCUGAGCCUCUUAUUCACAUCGACACAGUUUAUGAUCGGCCUUCCAACACUACGAAAGAAUUUUGGACGCUGCCGUCCGUUCUGGGACAGAGGUAUAGAAAAGAUAAAGAUUUAAUUAUUCUAAUAAGCAAGCACACUAUCGGAGUUGCUGAGGAUGUCGCCUACACUUUAAAGCAUUUGAACAGAGCUAUCACCGUAGGUGAGAGGUCCGCCGGGGGAUCGCUAAAAAUCGAGAAGCUUCAGAUAGGAAAGUCAGAAUUUUAUAUCACUGUGCCUGUUGCAAGAUCCAUUAACCCCAUUACCGGUCAAACAUGGGAGGUAAAUGGAGUAUUCCCGUGUGUAACUGUGAAUGCAGAGGAUGCUCUCAAGAAAGCAAUAUCCAUCCUGGCAGUGAGAAGUGCUACUCCUAAAGUUGUCCAUUCGGUCUCGGACACAAUUAAGAGGUACUAUUCAUUUGUGGACAGAGUUCCCUCCAUCCUUCACCACAUUUCAUUAAUUGAUUUUUCCUCUGUGAUAUCGGAGGAAGACUUGACUUCUAAACUGAACCAUGAGGUACAGUCUGUGUCUGAGGACCCCCGUAUCAUGAUCAAGGUAAUGGCAGAGCCUCCAGUCACCAUAGAGGAUGCUCCUGCAGCAGACAAGCUACCAGACAUCCCAGAAAUGCUUCAGGCUAUAGUGGAUACCGUUUUCAAAGUGAGCAUUUUGCCUGGAAAUAUUGGAUACCUCAGGUUUGAUGAAUUUGGUGAAGCUUCUAUGUUGGUGAAAUUAGGAGAGCAGAUUGUCCAAAAAGUCUGGGAUCCCAUCAAAGACACAACAAGCCUCAUUAUAGAUAUACGAUAUAACACUGGGGGACCGUCAGCUGCUGUGCCCAUUCUUUUGACUUAUUUUCAAGAUCCCACCCCGCCGGUUCACUUUUUCACAAUUUACAACAGGAUUACUAACUCCACUAAUGAAUUCCACACGCUUCCCAACAUCCGCGGACAACCUUACGGGUCGAAACGAGGGGUUUAUGUGCUCACAAGCCAGCACACAGCAACAGCCGCAGAGGAGUUUGCGUACCUGAUGCAGUCAAUGAACAGGGCCACUGUCAUCGGAGAAAUCACAUCGGGGACACUGCUGCAUUCUCGGUCAUUCCAGGUCGAAGACACAAAGAUAGUGAUUACGAUCCCAGUCAUAAACUUCUUUGAUAACAGUGGAGAAUGCUGGCUAGGGGGAGGUGUUGUACCAGAUUCAAUCGUUUUAGCUGAUGAGGCUUUGGAGACCGCACAAGAAAUCAUUAGUUUUCAUCCAGAGGUUCAUGCUCUGAUUGAAGAGACCGGGAAACUCUUAGAAGCUCAUUAUGCUAUUCCCGAGGUUGCCACAAAAGUCAAAAGGGUCCUGGAAUCCAAAUGGUCAAACGGCUCCUAUCGAUCUGUGGUGGACUAUGAAUCCCUGGACUCUCAGCUGACCUCAGAUCUGCAGGAGACAUCAGGUGACCAUCGUUUGCAUGUCUUCUACAGUGAGGUUGAACCUGAACUAUUGAAAGACCAAGUUUCCAAAGUCCCAACCGCUGAGGAAAUUGGUUAUAUUGUAGACGCUCUGUUCAAGGUUGAAGUCCUGCCAGGGAAUGUAGGUUACCUAAGGUUUGACUUGAUGGCGGAUGCUGAAAUAAUCAGGGCUAUUGGGCCUCAACUACUGGAUCAAGUCUGGAACAAAAUUGUUGACACAGAUGUUUUAAUCCUUGAUAUGAGAUACAACACUGGGGGUUAUUCGACGGCCAUCCCAAUACUAUGUUCUUACUUUUUCGAUGCAGAACCUGUCCGUCAUCUUUAUACUGUCUUUGACCGGACCAGCGCUACAAUGACUGAGAUAAUGACCCAGCCUUCACUGUUGGGCCAAAGAUACGGGUUGGAAAAAAGCAUUUUCAUUCUCACAAGUCAUAAGUCGGGCUCUGCUGCAGAAGCUUUUACCAGGGCACUGAAAGACCUGGGCAGGGCCACAGUUAUUGGAGAGCCAACUGUAGGAGGCUCUUUGUCAAUAGGUACCUACCGAAUUGGGGAAAGCCAUUUAUAUGCCACGAUUCCCAACCAGGUUGUCCUGAGUGCAGUGACUGGGAAAGUAUGGAGUGUCUCUGGUGUCGAACCUCAUGUUGCAGUUCAGGCUAAUGAUGCAAUGAGUGUCGCUCUUCGUAUCAUCGAUCUCAGAGCAAGAAUCCCCUCAAUAGUCCAGGCUGCAGGGAAGCUGGUUGCUGACAAUUAUGCCUUUGCACACACUGGUGAAAGCGCUGCAGAAAAGCUGGCUCUCCUGGUUCACAGCAGAAAUUACAACGUUAUUGAUUCCGAGGCUGAACUGGCGGACAAACUCACAACUGACCUCCAAGAAUUAACUGGGGACAAAAACAUAAAGGCCUCUUACAUACCAGACCACUCCAAAGGCACUGUCCCUGGAUUGUCACCUGUGCAGGUUCUGUCUCCUGAGAUGUUUGAGGACUUGAUCAAGUCUUCUUUCCACACUGAUGUGUUUGAUAAUAACAUCGGGUACCUUCGGUUCGACAUGUUUGGAGAUUUUGAGCACAUGCCUCAUGUGUCUGUAUUACUUGUAGAACACGUAUGGAAAAAAAUAUCGCACACUAAUGCUUUGAUUAUUGAUCUUAGAUAUAAUACUGGUGGACCUACCUCAUCAAUCGCAGGAUUGUGUUCCUAUUUCUUUGAUGAAGACCAAGCAAUUCUUUUGGAUAAAAUCUACGACAGGCCUUCUAACUUGACAAGCGAUAUGUGGACCUUGUCCCAGCUGACUGGCGAGCGAUACGGCUCCAAGAAGAGCGUGGUCAUCCUGACGAGCGGCGCGACGGCCGGCGCAGCGGAGGAGUUCGUCCACAUCAUGAAGAGGCUUGGCCGGGCGCUGGUCGUCGGGAAAGCGACCCGCGGCGGCUGUCACCCGCCGGAGACGUACCCUGUGGGCGGCUCCCACCUCUACCUGACCCUCCCCACCGCGCGGUCCGACGGCUCCCAGGGGCCCUCCUGGGAAGGGGUUGGAGUGGCCCCCCACGUGGAAUCGGCCCCUGACAUGGCUCUGGACACAGCCAAGCAGAUGCUGAGCAGCCACCUGCACAGUCAAAGAUGAAUCUGGGCACACAGGGCAUGGAGGCUCCAGGAUCUUAACGAUCCCGCGCGUUAGAUUACACGAGCAGGGCCAAGCAUUUGCAUGAAGGUCAAGGAAGAGGGUCUUCUAGCUAUUGCAUGGACAAUGUGGUGAAAAAGUAACUACACCCCCGCAAGAUUUUAGGGUUUAACAUAUUUGGACAUAUUUGACCUUCGCCUAGUCCAAACCAAGUCCUAAUAGGAGAAUAAACUAUCCUUAUUUGACAAAUAACUCACAUAGACUGUGCUUUGCCAUUAUUUAUUUAAAAAAAAACUCAGCCAGCAUUCAAUAUAUUUGCGUGAAAAAGUAUGCGCUUAAUUCAGUACGUUGUGGCACUCCCCUUUAGUAGCAAUAAUUUGAAUUAAACCUUUGCUGCGAGAGUUGAUCAGUCUCUCACGUCACCUGUGAAGAAUUCAGGCCCGUUCUUCCUUACAGAACUGUUUCAGCUCUGUGAUGUUUGAGGGCUUUCUUGUAUGCACAACUCCAUUUAGGUCUGGCCACAGCAUCUAUAUGAGGUUUAUAGUAGGUCUGGACUUUGACUUGGACAUUCCAAAUUCCUGAUUUGUUUUUCUUUUUAAGCCAUUCUGUCAUAGAUGUGCCUGUUGAAUGAUCCGCUUUCGGUUCAGCUUUAACUGUCAGUCUCACAUUUUCCUCUAGAACACUCUGGUAAAGUAUUGACGUUACAGCCGGCUCAAUGAUAGCAAGGUGUCCAGGUUCCGAGACAACAAAGCAAACCCAAACCAUCACCCUCCCACCACCAACAUGUUUGAUGGAUGGUAUGAGGUUCUUCUGGUGAAAGGCAGAGUUUGCUUAUUGCCAAGCAUGACAUUUUGCAUUAUGGCCAAAUAAGUCCAUGUUUCACUCAUGUGUCCAGAUCAAGUUCCACAAGUCUAGUUUUUAAUUCAAGUGCUGUUUGGCAAACUGAAGCUGAACAGUGGAGAGCUGGAUUUUUCUCCUUGCUGUCCUUGCAUGAAACCCAUUCUUAUUCAAUCUUUUCCUGGUGGUGGGCUCAUGAACGCUGACAUCUACCUUAGCGAGAGAGGCCUGUAGAUCCCUUGGGGUUCUAUGAGACUUCCAGGAGGAUUAGAUGGUCAGAUCUUGAAGAGAAAUUGGUAGGAUGGUCAUUCCUGGGUAUAUUGCCAACAGUCUUGAGUUUUCUCCAUUUGUGGAGCAUCUUUCUUUCCGAGGAAUGAUAGACUUCAGAUCGUUUGGAAAUUAAUUUGUAACUCUUCCAAGAUAUAUAUGUAGUAACAAUUCUUUCGCAAGACUGUCACAGAUUUUCUUUUGAUCACGAUGUGUUACCACAAAUGUGACUUCAUAGGACGAGACAGACAACGGUUCUGAUUUUAUAUACUGGUGGAAUCACUUCCACAUGAUCAACUCAUCACUGGCAUAUGUUUUGGUACAGCUGAUUCCAUUGAAUUGAAAUUGAACUGAAUAUAACCUUUUAAUUGAAAAGGUAAAACUACUUACUUUUUCACAUAACGUUAUUGAAUGCAGGUUGAUUUUUUUAAAUAAAUAAUCACAAAGUCAAACUUUUUUGUAUUAUUUGUCAACUGAGUUUAGUUUUACCUACUGUUAGGAGUUGGUACGGACUAGGAGCAGGUAAAAUAUGUCUAAAUAUGUUAAACCAUAAAAUCUUAAGGGGGUGUACUUACGUUUUCGCCACACUGCAAGUCUUUUGUAGUGCUCUGGUCUGUGAAAUAUUACAGGCACUGAUUAACAUACAAUGUAUAUUAAAUCAACAGUAGCAUGGAAGCAGUAGCAACUAACUGUAGCCUAUUAUUUUGCAAACAACCUUUGAAAAAAAUGUUACAGUCAAUUAUAAAGUUUUAGUUUACUGCUGGUUGCUGUGACGUGUUAAAUCAAGCAAUAAGGAAAAUAUUUUGGUGUUUCAGUCUGUAACAUUGUAUGUGUAUGACUAAUGCUACCUAGAAGAAUUAACAAGACAAGACCUAAUUUUUUUUCUGUCGAUUUUUAAAGUAUACACUAAUAUAUAGAACUGACAUUAUUGACUACACAUGAAAAGUGAAAGGGAAUAUUUACAGUACAUUUGCUGGAAAGUAUCAAAUUUCCAUAUGUGAGAACAUUUCAGUGCUGCAUCUCUAUCUUUUCUGCCUAUAUUAUUGUUAAUGUGUAGGUUCUGCCUAUAGCUGUCCUAAUAUACAUUACUAGAAAGAUUCA